AUGGCCGCCCUUCCACCUGGCGAACACCCACAAGCCUUUCACUUCGAUAUUGUGCGAGACAGCAUUCAAACCACCGGCGGCCAGCAUGCCGUCAUCACUCAAGGCACGCACGCAUUUGACCUUAUCGAAAACUUCUUCAACGCACUUCAGCAAGAGCACGUGGCACUUCAGCAAGAGUACGUGGCACUUCAGCAAAAGAACGUGGCACUUCAGCAAGAGAACAUGGCACUUCAGCAAGAGUACGUGGCACUUCAGCAAAAGAACGUGGCACUUCAGCAAGAGAACAUGGCACUUCAGCAAGAGAACGUGAAGCAACAUGCUGAGGUGCGUACGAGCGAGAUCUCAGCAGCGGUGCUUUAUACCUUUUCAUCGUGCGGUGUACCUCUAUGGACAUGUACUAGGCUGGCUUCAUGCUCUUUGUUGAAGUCAGCUGGAUCUUGCAUGGGCACACACGGCAGAGGCUUCGGGGUGGAGAGUAGCGGUGCCAGUCCAUGCCCAUAUUUGAUUGGACUGGGUUCUCCCCACCGACGAUUCUCUCCUGCGCGAAGCCUUUGGGCUGGUCAGUAUCAAGGGACACCGAAACAUAACCCUGGGAAAGCCGAGCGUGGAGGGGGCCGAAGAGAUAACUCUGUAAUCUCACGUCCCUCCAGAGGUUCAAACCCCUGUCCUGGCCCGUGUUCACUUGCCAUCGGAUGAAAACUGACGCUGCUUUAUGUGCGCACUCAGAUAUCCGACGCGGGAGUCAAGAAGAUGUGCGCCGCAAAGGUGGCCAAGAACAUUCUUAAGUUCAAGCGUGCACACAAGAAGUUGAAGAAGCGUCGCGAAGAUCAGAGUCGCAAGAAGCUCCGCCUCUCUACGUUCAAGACUGUCGUCGGUGGCGUUGCUUGCGUCGUCGCUGGUGCUGGACUGGCCUUCGGCAUUCGCAAAUUCUUUCCGAUUGUCACGCCUUCUGCGACUUCCGCAACGACAAUGAUGGUCGCAGCUGCCAAAGUGACACCAAAGAAAAGCAUCCGUAUUCGUCUGCCACCAACCAGGACCGCUCAUCCUAGCCCCUCUUGGUACUAG